CACUAGCUUCUCCAGAAGAAUGGCGGUCACGCUCAUCCUCCUCUUAGCACUCAUUUCUGCUGUUUCCGUCUUGCUGUUGACAAGGAAAUCUCUGAAGCUGCCGCCAGGUCCAGCUCCGGUGCCGGUCCUGGGCAAUCUCCACCAGCUAGGCCCGCUGCCACACAGGACUCUGCGUGACCUGGCGCGGCUCCAUGGGCCAGUGAUGCAGCUGUGGCUCGGCAAAGCGCCGGCGGUCGUGCUGUCGUCGCCAGAGGCGGCAUGGGAGAUGCUCAGGGUCCACGACCUGGACUGCUGCACACGGCCCGUGUCCCCGGGGCCGAAGCGCCUCACAUACGACCUCAAGAACGUUGCCUUCGCGCCAUACGGCGCGUACUGGCGCGAGAUUCGUAAGCUCCUCGUGGUCGAACUCGUCAGCGCCCGCCGCGUCAAGGCCGUAUGGUGCGCACGCGAGCAGCAGGUGGAAAAACUAAUCAGCACCCUUGGUUGUGCGGGGGCAAAGCCAGUGGCGCUGGACGAACACAUCUUGAGCCUAUCCGACGGCAUCAUCGGCACAGUGGCUUUCGGCAACAUCUACGGCAGCGACAAGUUCACGCAGAAUAAGAACUUCCAGCACGCGCUUGAUGAGGCGACGGACGUUUUAUCCGGCUCAUCUGCCGAGGACUUCCUCCCAAAAGCCGUUGGCCGGUUCAUCGACCACAUCACCGGCGUGGUGGCCCAGCGUGAGCGGAUCUUCAAGCACCUAGACGCCUUCUUUGACAUGGUCAUUGAGCAGCACUUGGACCCUAACCGUGCCAAGUCCGAGAACAGCGGUGAUGACCUCGUCGACGUGCUUAUCUCCCACUGGAAGGAGCACCGUGGCACACUCAAGUUCACCAGGAACCACGUCAAGGCCAUUAUCUUCGACACAUUUAUUGCUGGCAUUGACACGAGUUCGAUCACAAUCAUGUGGGCAAUGUCUGAGCUGAUCCGGAGCCCACGCGUGCUCAACAAGGUCCAAACCGAGAUCAGAGCCGUUGUGGACGGCAAAGAUAGGGUGCGACCGGAAGACAUGUCCAAACUCAAGUACCUCAGAAUGGUAGUUAAGGAGACCUUGCGAUUGCACCCACCAGCACCGCUGCUAGUGCCGAGGGAAACCAUGCGGCACAUUCAGAUCAGCGGGUAUGACAUUCCAGCCAAGACAAGGAUUUAUGUGAACGCGUGGGCAAUUGGUAGAGAUCAGGCAAGCUGGCCGGAACACCCGGAGGAGUUCAACCCUGAGAGGUUUGAGGAGAAUGAGAUUGACUUCAAGGGCGAACAUCUUCAGCUACUGCCGUUUGGCACGGGACGACGGAUAUGCCCGGGCAUGUCCAUGGGCAUUGCUACUGUGGAGUUUACACUUGCCAAUAUGCUCUGCUGCUUCCAGUGGGCGCUCCCCGAGGGGAUGGUGGUGGAGGAUGUGAGCAUGGAGGAAGAAGGAAAACUCAACUUCCACCGCAAGACUCCACUUGUACUCGUGCCCAUCGCAUGUUAG